UAGAGCUUUUACUUUCAGCAUGGGCAAGCUGACCAAAACCCAGAAGGCGACGCAGCAGCAAGAGGAGGAGGAGAGGAGACUGCAAGAGGAAGAGGAAGCCAAGCUGCAGGUAGAAAAAGAAGAGCAGGAAAGAUUGGAAGGAGAGAAGAAGAAGAAGAAGGAGCUAGAAAAGCUUGAACUUAAGGACCAAGAGCGCAGAGAGGGUGAGCUGAACGAACUCCGCCAUCUGCUGGAGGAGAAUCACACUGCAGUAACCACAUGGAAAACAGAUGCUGAGGAGAAAGCCAAGUGGGAUAGAUACCUGCACUGUGAUGGCAGCCCAGACCCAGCAGUGCAGAAGGAUAUUAACACAUACAUCAGCUUAUGGAGAGAAGACCCCGGGGUCAACAUCACACUCGUGCUCAAGCAAUGUACUCUGGCUCUAAAGCUGGCUGAGGAGCUUGAAGGUCUGAUCAGAGAUAACACAGAUCCAAAAGAGGGCCUGAAGUACCAGGAGGGGUUCAUACUCCUGCAGGAGCUGAUCUAUUAUAAACACCUCCUCACCACUGAUGAUAUCCUUCAGACGGCCGGUGCGAACAUCGACACUGAGACGGGCAACAUGCAGACUGUGGUCAAAGACGACAACAUUACUCUGUGUCUCUGGGCCAACCUCAAGAAGAACUCGAGGUUUAAAGGUUUACAUUUUGAAGAGGCGGGCCUUGGCUUUGAGCUUCCCAAACAGCUGGCUGUGAGCAACAUCGCUGUGCGGAUCCUCCACACACGUUAUGACCAUCUGUCCACACUGGCUAGGAUGGCUGACGUCAGAAAAAACACACCCCUCCCCAGGUCUCUUGCAGGUGGUGAGGAGGUUCCAGCAGAGAUAGGUGUACCUGAGCAGGGGGAGACAAAGAGAGAGGGGGAGGCGGUGGAAGACAUUGAGCCACAGCAGCAGCAGACAGUGGAUGAGGAGGUGCAGUCCAUCCAAGGCCAUGAAGGGAGGAAGAGUGCAGCCAGUGUACAGUCGAGGAAAAGCAGCCCCCAGCCCCCAGAAGGCCGUGGGAGCCGGAUCGAGACACAGAUGGAGGCACUCGGGGCUGAGGGGGAAUCGACGUCUCCCCUAGGGCAGUGGACCGUGGUGGACAGCAGCGAAUGUGUCCAGGCGGUGGACUUAUUGCAGUACACACCUCUGGGGGGGGUCUUCUACUAUAACGUGUUUCACCUCCCGCCACAAGCCCACCAGGUUAAUGGCUGGGAAAUCAGACAGCUGUUGGAUAAAGGGCUGCAGGUGUUCCCCUAUCCCGAGGAGAAGUCUCACUCAGAGGAAACUGAAGCCGUUACCUGCCCUCCCGUUGGGGUGUCCGUGACUCUGCCAGACUUUGUUGUCUUUCUGGAAACUCCUCAAGUGGCUCGCUGGGAUUCUGCAGGGAAGCAGUGGAGGAUGGACGGUAUCACUGAUGUGUCUUAUGAGGAGGCAGAGGCCAAAAUCUCCUUCAAAAUGGACUCCUUCCAGGCCUUUGUGCUGAUGCAGGAAACGUAUGCCAACCUUCCCUUCCUCAGCUGGGAGCUCAGGCCGCUGGGCCAGGACUCGGCUCUUUUCACCGUCAACGGGGCGCUCAUCGACCUCAGCAUCACGAUCCGGGGUGAUCAGUGCAUGCUGCAGUCAGACCAGGAGAGAGGUCUCUCUCCCCUCAAAGGGAAGUGGAUGAGUGGCCCCGCCUUGCAGAGAGCCAUGCUCAACGCAGGGAUCAACAUCUUUGUGAACGAGUACACGGACAAAUACGUCAGCUCCUGCGGCAAGGACCCACUCACAGAACAUGCUGCCUACGAACAGAUAGCCCUCUUCGCCUCUGCCUGCGCUUUCUCGCGGAGCAAGUGGAAUGCCAAAUGUGGAGCGGCGCAUCUGGUCAUGCAGGUGUGUGAGCACUGGGGCCCUGCCUCUGUGCCUAAGGGCUCCUGGAGCCUCUACCUGAUGGGGGCACAGCGGAGUCAGAAGCUGGAAAUCACAGAGCCGAGUGAGGCUUUCUCUCCGGACCUCUAUCCUGGGAGCGAGUUCCACUCCACCUUCAUCCACAUGCUCCAGGACGACAUGAGCCCUGAAGGUGUAGCGAGGCCCAGAGGAUCCAGCUGUCUGUUUGUGGACACAGUGCAGAGCCUGCUCUGUGCCACCAGACCACUCAUGUAUUCAUAACCUGUGUGAACCUUUUUAAAAUGAAUAAAUGUAUAAAAUGGAUGCACAUAAGAACACACAUCUUCUAUU